UAUCCAGCAGCCGGGCCAGUGAGGUCGUGCUGAGAAUUGUGUAAAGUCUGCGUUAACUCGUUAAUUUCUGCUUUUUCCGCCCAUUUUGAAGAUUAAUUUACAUUUCAGAAGACUACGUGGGUAAGAAAAGUACAGACAAGAUGGGCAACACAGUCUCAGCAGCACACAGUACAGCCACAUCACUUACCAGCUUGGCUCUCGGAGAAGGAAAGGGCGUAGUCAAUGCAUCGGAGCUGGUCAUUGAGAGCCACCCAGAAAUCACCAAGGACAUGGCACCUGCUGAGUGCCCCAUGCAUCAGGAGACUGCUCAGGCCCCUGCCCCUCCCAAACAGUGUCCUGUCGAUCACACCAAGAUGAGUGUGGAGGCUGCCCCUCCCAAACAGUGUCCUGUCGAUCACACCAAUAUGAGUGUGGAGGCUGCCCCUCCCAAACAGUGUCCUGUUGAUCACACCAAGAUGAGUGCUGAGGCUACCCCACCCCAGAAGGCCCAUCACAUUCCCCCGGGUACUGUCAUCCCCUCCGAGUGCCCAAUGCAUCAGAAUAACCAGGAGCAGCAGACAUCUCAGGCAUUCCCGAGUGAGUGUCCAAUGAGUGGCAACCCAGAUGCCGAGUGGCCUGUACACCAGGCAGGCAUGCAUUUAGGCAAAGAGUAUGCAGGCAAGUAUGUGGACAUCAACCCCCUCAACAUGGAGUCCUACCCGAACCAAAAGCCGGCCCCUGACCAGCCCUUCGAGUUACCCACUGAGAGACAGGUGUCAACUAUCCCGAAAGCAGGUUCAGAUUCCGAGCACUGGGUGUACCCUUCCCCACAGAUGUUCUGGAAUGCCAUGCUGAGGAAGGGCUGGAGGUGGAAGGAUGAUGACCUCUCACAGAAAGACAUGCAACACAUCAUCAGCAUUCACAAUGUCAACAAUGAAUUGGCUUGGCAAGAGGUCCUAAAGUGGGAAUCCCUCCACAAAAAUGAGUGUGGGAACCCCAAGCUGAAGCGUUUUGGUGGCAAGGCAUCGGACUACUCUCCCCGGGCUCGCAUGAGGAGUUGGUUGGG